CUUUUCUUUAUAUUUGAUAGCACAUUCUGCCCUCUGUUCCUCUUUAUAACGUAUAAACACCUUCCAAACAAACGAAACGAACAAAGUUCAACAACAACAACAACAACAACAACAACACCAUCCACUCUCUCUAUUGGCUACAUGAUGAAGGUUGCUCAGUUGCUCUACAUGACAGAUCGACGCUACGUAUGUGGAUGGCACGACUGUCAAAAAUCGUUCGUCAGGCGCAGUGACUUUCAACGCCACGAACGAAUCCAUACCGGCGAGCGCCCGUACCGCUGCGACUGGCCCGGGUGCAACAAGCAGUUCAUACAACGCAGUGCUAAAAAUGUACACCGACGUACACACACUGGUGAAAGGCCACACGUCUGUGAAAUCGAAACGUGCCAACGUUCCUUUAGUGAUUCAUCAUCAUUGGCACGCCAUCGUCGAGUUCAUAGCGGCUUUCGUCCGUACACUUGUAAAGUCUGUCAAAAGACAUUUACGCGGAAAACCACAUUAUCCAGACAUGAGCAAUAUCACAACAGCAGUAGCAGUAGUAGCAGUAGUAGCAGCCAUGUUCCAGUAGGAUGUUCUUCUUUUCCCGCAGUGGCAACCAUCUACAACAAUAACAACAACAACUACGCCGCAUCAUUCGCCGAAACAGAAGAUAUCUGUGGCGAUUCACUGAUUCCAGCAUCUCCAACGACACUAUCAAGGGCCAUUCCUACGCCAACAUCUACAUCAGCAUUGAUAUCUAAUAAUAGCAACAACAGAAAUCUAUCAACCACCAUACCGUCUGCGUCAUCAUCAUCGCUACCACCAAGCCCACCACGGAGAUCGGCUUUUACGCCAGUCGGCAAUGCAAACGUAUUGCCACCUCCUUUUCAUCAGUACCAUCACUACAGUAGCAACAGCGACCGUCGCCUAGCAGCAUAGUCGCUUGUGUCCUAGUACAGCAAUAUAUUACUCUUAUUAUCAUUAUUAUCAUUGACCGAUUAAUCUCCCUCACUGUGUAUAUAUCCUUUGGCUGGCUUUAUUUUUACAUCCUCCUCCCGGCCCCAUCACGCCUAAAUAUAUAACCUUAACCAAUAAAAAAUUCCUCUCACACCUUUUCU